AUGUCUCCGGCAGUCGAAGAACAACAACAACAACAAUCUUAUUCCAAGGACUCCGCAGCCGCAGCCCGCCUAGAUCACUUCUUGAUAUGGCCGGUGCUAGAGAAGCUCACUCAAGACCAGGUCAACAGCACGGACGCCGCUAUCCGCAAGAUCGUUGGAGGUCCAGAUCCUACUGUCAUCGAGAAGACGCUUAACAGCGACGGCGAAUUAAACUUCUGGUACUGUCCCUUAAACGCUAAGCAGAAAGCCGCGAUUAGCAAGUUAGAUGCGGUGGCCGAAGUCCAGAAGGACGGCCCUGAUCCCGACUUCCAGCUUUGCUGA